AGUGUUAACAAUACGAUACUUGGUUUUGCGGAAAAGCAAAGUAACGACUCAGCAUUCUAUACACAUCUUCUUCUCUUUCUCUCUCUCUGAAGAUUUUUUCUCUCUCUUCGGACCCCUUUUCUCUCUGAAUUCAUUCUUCUGUACGCAUCAUCCAUCAUCUUCAAGCUCCGGCCAUGGCGUCUGGAUCAUCGGGUCGCGGAAACUCUGGCUCCAAAGGGUUUGAUUUCGGUUCCGACGACAUCCUCUGCUCCUACGAUGACUACGCCAAUCGCGAUUCCAGUUCCAACGGCAAUCACACGGAUCCGGAUUUUCACAAAGCAAGGAUGUCGAGGACUUCAAUGUUUCCUGCUACUGCCUAUAAUCCACCUGAAGAUUCUUUAAGCCAAGAUGUGAUUGCGACUGUAGAGAAGAGUAUGAAAAAAUAUGCUGACAACCUCAUGCGUUUUCUAGAGGGAAUUAGUUCAAGGCUAUCACAGUUGGAAUUAUACUGUUACAAUCUUGACAAAUCUAUUGGAGAAAUGAGAUCAGAUUUAACUCGUGACCAUGUGGAGCAAGAUUCAAGGCUGAAAUCUCUUGAAAAGCACCUUCAAGAAGUUCACAGGUCUGUACAAAUUUUAAGAGACAAGCAAGAGCUGGCUGACACUCAGAAAGAAUUGGCCAAGCUUCAACUUGCUCACAAAGAAUCAUCUUCCUCCACCCAUUCACAGUCCAAUGAGGAGAGAUCAUCACCAACCACAGAUCCUAAAAAAACUGACAAUGCAUCUGAUGCAAACAACCAGCAGUUGGCUCUUGCUCUGCCUCAUCAAAUUGCCCCUCAGCAGCAGCCUGCAGCGCCUCCUGCUCAGGCUCAGGCACCUGCACCAAAUGUGACUCAAGCCCCUCAGCAACCUCCUUAUUACAUGCCUCCCACCCCUCUGCAGAAUCCACCUGUGCCCCAGCUUCCCCAGAACCAGUAUUUGCCUUCUGAUCAACAAUAUCGAACUCCCCAACUUGCCCCACAACCAACACCAUCUCAAGUAACACCGUCCCCACCUGUGCAACAAUUUUCUCACUAUCAACAGCAACAGCCACAACCUCAACAACAACAUCAGCAGCUCCAGCAGCAACAACAGUGGUCACAGCAGGUGCCAUCACCUCAGCCACCCUCAAUGCAAUCUCAAACAAGACCCCCCUCUCCAGCUAUGUACCCUCCAUACCAGCCGAACCAAGCAACAAACCCAUCACCUGCAGAAACACUUCCAAACAGCAUGCCCAUGCAAGUGCCAUAUUCAGGAGUUCCACCGCCAGGAUCUAGCCGAGCUGACACAAUACCAUAUGGAUAUGGAGGAGCUGGAAGAACAGUUCCACAACAGCCUCCACCCCAGCAGAUGAAGGGUUCUUUUCCUGCACCACCAGGUGAAAUGUAUGGACCUACUGGUUCUCUCCCGGCCCUUCCUCCUCCUGGUAGUGCAUACAUGAUGUACGAGGGUGAGGGAGGAAGAGCACAUCAUCCACCACAACCUCAUUUUACUCAACCUGGAUAUCCUCCAACAAGUGGUUCCCUUCAGAACCCCCCAAGCCAUAAUCUAAUGGUUCGAAAUCCCAACCAGUCGCAGUUUGUCCGCAACCAUCCCUACAAUGAGUUGAUUGAGAAAUUGGUGAGCAUGGGAUUCAGGGGAGACCAUGUUGUCAGUGUGAUCCAGAGGAUGGAGGAGAGUGGACAGGCCAUUGAUUUCAAUUCGGUACUUGACAGGUUGAAUGUGCAUAGCUCUGUGGGUCCUCAGAGAGGAUGGUCAGGGUGAUCAACAACUUUUCUGAACAAUACUUGUCUGCCAAACUAAUACUCUGUUCAAACCCUCAAAUCAUUGCGUGUUUUAGUAUGCAUUGAAUAAAAGUUUUAUGUAAUGUGAUGGUUUAUCUUCCUAUGUAAAAAUGCCUUGAGAUGUGAGGAUUGUCUAGUAUUUAUGCAGAAAAUCCUCCACUUGCUCUUUUCUAUUUUUUAACUUAUAUUUUAAAGUAUAUGAAACUUUAGAUUAUUGGUAA